GAGGGCAGCAGGCCCCGGGCGGCGCGCCCACGCCCGAAGAGCUGGACGCCGUGCGCCGCUACUUCCAGCUGGAUGUCAGCCUGGCCCAGCUGUAUCGCCACUGGGGUUCCGUGGACCCCCACUUUCAAGAGGUGGCUGAGAAAUUUCCAGACUGCCACUCUCCGCCCCUACCUGAGUGCCGUGCGGGCCACGCUGCAGGCUGCCCUCUGCCUGGAGAACUUCUCCUCUCAGGUCGUGGAGCGACACAACAAGCCGGAGGUGGAAGUCAGGAGUAGCAAAGAGCUGCUGUUACAGCCUGUGACCAUCAGCAGGAAUGAGAAGGAGAAGGUUCUGAUUGAGGGCUCCAUCAACUCGGUCCGGGUCAGCAUUGCCGUGAAGCAGGCAGAUGAGAUUGAGAAGAUUUUAUGCCACAAGUUCAUGCGCUUCAUGAUGAUGCGAGCAGAGAACUUCUUUAUCCUUCGAAGGAAGCCUGUGGAGGGCUAUGACAUCAGUUUCCUGAUCACCAACUUCCACACAGAGCAGAUGUACAAACACAAGUUGGUGGACUUUGUCAUCCACUUCAUGGAGGAGAUCGACAAGGAGAUCAGCGAGAUGAAGCUGUCGGUCAACGCCCGCGCGCGCAUCGUGGCCGAGGAGUUCCUCAAGAACUUUUAAACCGCCUGGCUGGAUCUCGUGGCCCCCCUCAGGCUCCCUCGCGUCUCUGACGGCGUCCUGGAGCGGCUUCCAGAGCGGCGGCGGCAGCCAGCGUGGCACCGGAGGAGCCGCAGAGGGCGCUGGGUGGGGUGGGCACUGGAUGCGGGCGGGUGGGACAGCCGCAGCGCACCUGUCCCGGGCCACGGCGCCCGGUCAGGCUGGCUUCUGAUGCUACGUCCCCUGGGACGGGACGGAUGUUUUUUUAUGUUUGGAGAUUUAAACUUGUGCUUGUAGAAGACUGUACCCUUUUUGUCUGUUUGGUUUUUUUUUUUUUUUUGGAACCACCAACCUCCACCUCCAGUGGCUGUGACUGGUCCCGGUGAUUGUGUGUUUGGUCGCCGUGGGUCUGGGCGGGCCUGGAGCCAGAAGGCGACGAAGUCCCUGCCGGGAGGGAGGGCGGGAGCCUUCAGCCUCCAGUUCCUCUCCCUGCUCUCCUCUUCCCAAGCCCCCUUGGGCCCAGCAGAAGUGAAGACCCUCCAGCUCUCCGCCAGCUUCCUGAGCUCUGCCUGAAGGUGACCGCCCAGCGCCGCUGGUGGGGACAGGCUGAGGCGCCGGGGCCAGAGGCCUCGCUUGGCCUGUCCGGCAGCGCAGAGCCCUGCUGGAGGGGAGCCGGCCCCCUGCCCUGGCCCUCUGCUCCCGCGCUUGCUGCGCCUUCCUGAUUCUGGUGGGCCCGCCCUCCCCUAUUAAAAUCGUGCCCCUUGGGCUGCAUGA